AUGUAUCGUCCUCCGCCACUACUACGCCACGUGAGGAGAGCCCAUUCGGCUACAUGGAAGAAAAAUCCAAAUUUGGACUCGAUAAUCCGUGUGGACCACGCGGGCGAGCUUGGGGCAGAUCGUAUUUACGCGGGGCAGAUGGCAGUAUUAGGGAACACAGCUGAGGGACCCCUCAUCAAGCACAUGUGGGAGCAAGAGAUCAAGCAUAGGGAAAAGUUUGAGGAGCUCAUAUCCAAGUACCGCGUACGACCAACGGUAAUGACGCCUCUAUGGAAUAUUGCUGGGUUCGCACUUGGGGCUGGUACAGCCCUGCUAGGUAAAGAAGCAGCAAUGGCGUGCACAGUCGCAGUCGAGACAGUCAUUGUAGAUCACUACAAUGACCAAUUGAGGACUUUAAUGGAAGAUCCUAAUGUAGAUAAAGAUAUCCUACAAACUAUAACCAAGUUUAGAGAUGAGGAGCAAGAACACCACGACACUGGCAUUGACCACGGCGCAGAACAGGCUCCGUUCUAUAAAGCUUUGACUGAAGUGAUCAAAACCGGGUGCAAAGUUGCUAUUGCUAUAUCCAAAAAGAUU